AUGCUGAAUUUUAAGAGGGCAUCGGAGCUCUUGCUUGCGCCACUUCAUCGACCUGAACAACCUCCACCACUCACGUUGAUUGCCAUCUUGAUCUCCCUUUCUCUCCCUUUCCCCUCUAUCAAAAACCCAACCACUAUCCCUUUCAUUUGUAUACUCUCAAAACCACUACAAACUCAAACGUAUAUCAAGAACCGAUUUCAUAUCUUAUAUUUUAAUUUGGUAUAUAUUGGAAACUGGAGGGAAAUCAUUUCUUCACCAAUUGGUUCGAUUUUGAAGAAAAGUCGAUUUGCAGGUUUAUUGGUUGGCCCAGGUACUCCUCCACCAUGGAAAAUCAUCACAAAAAUGAUUUAUCUGUUUGUCACAAAGGUUACUCUAGAUGAAGUGCAAUUAUGUGUUGCUAACAAACUAGGUUUAAUCUACAUGGAGGGGAUAUGGUUUAUGAUUCUAACUUGGACAACAUACAAAAGCACGACUGCCCGAAUGUGGAAAAUUAGUGGGAGUUACUCAUGCAGAGGUAUCGACAGCCUUGAUGGUGGUUAA